AUGGCCACAGAGGAGAUCACUUACAGACACAAACACAGUCGAACUCCCAAGAACCUCGAUCAAAACCAUAUUCUAUCAGGAAGCUUCAAACAACCAGACAGGAUGCUCACAGAAAUAAUUCAACCUGACCACGUAAUGUGGAGAUGCAAUGGCAGGACUUAUGGUAAAGUUUGUGGCCAAGACACCAACAUAAAUGACAUGGAUUGCUCAGCGUGUAAGAAGACGCGAGCUGUCGAUGAUUUGGCCCUCAGUUACGGUCCAAACAUCAUUGGAAGGCUUUACAGCAUCAUUAGCCAAGGCGUGGAGACUUGGGAAUACUACGAGCCCAGGCCUAGUAAGACGUGA